AUGAGAUUGAUCGUUUCAGCUUUUCAAUCCAUCCAACCGUUAAUCAACGAAUACAGAAAGCAAGUUGCUAAUGGGCAGGCAUGGAAACGCGGAGGAGUGUUACCAUCGUCACUGAAUAUGUUCAAACUGGAGUACAGUCCAGAAUUGGAAGUGUAUGCUUCAGUUAACACGGUUGGAUGUAAAUCGGCUAAUUUCUAUCCACCUGGAGGUUCACUGAAUUAUUACAUGCUAUAUGGGUUGCCUGAAAAAUAUGACAACAACACAGUUGUACCUGUCGCAUUGGCCACAUGGAUGGAACACGUACUACAUAAUGAAAUUGAUGACCAAGUUACCUAUUCCGACACAAAGCUGGAAAUGUUUGCAAAUAUGGUCUACUACAAAGCAACCCAGGUUGGAUGCUCUUACAAAAAAUGUUCAGAUUCACAACCUCCACUUCAUGUGGUUGCCUGCGUUUUCGACUCUGCACCUCAGAUGAAUGAACAACUCUACAAGGUGUCUGACACAGAAAAAGGAUGCAAGAGCGAUAGCGAUUGUAGCAAUGUAUUCAAUGGAGCCGUCUGUGGACCUGAAGGCCUCUGCGGAUUACCCAACAACUUGAAUACCAUGUGUCUAACGUCUGUUGGCGUUGUCAACACAAUAAACCGACUCGGUUGA